AAUUAGAAACAAUUGCAGAUAUGGCUAUAAAUUCAUUAGAAAGUGGAUACGAUGAUUCACCAACAAAGUCGAUAGAUUCUAGCAGUUGGCGGUUAAACUCGGUUUCGAAGAAAUCAAGUCCAUGUCACAAUGGAAGUUUAAAGAGUAGUUCAAGUUAUCGCAGCAAAAAGCAAUCGAAAAGCAUGAUGAUAUCCCCAUAUCUCAAUGGCGACAAGGUGAAAUUACAUUCUAGGGUUACGGAGAAAAAGUUCAUCCAAAGGAAAACAACAGAUUUUGUAUCAUCGUUUCCUUUAGCGGCUAGUAUAUAUAAAGCAAAUUCAGAUGAAUUUAAAAUACCCAAGCGUCAUAGCAAGAAGAUAAAAAAAUCAGUGCUUACCCUCCCCAACGACCUUACUAAACCCCAAGCAUGUACGGUAAGUGAUAUGAAUGACUCCGAGUAUAAUGAGACUAAGAAUAUAAGAAAGCCCAAGCCUAAAAAGAAAAGAAAUAUAAAAAAAAUUCCUGUGAUAGAUAAAAAUAUUGAAAUUUAUGACAGGGAUGCAAGAUAUUGUUCUCAAUUAAACAUAAAUUUAGAUAGUAGCUCAACCGAUAUGUUCAAGCAUUUGACGGGUGAUGGAUCUAGGGUAAUAAAAAAGUCUAAAACCAACUCAUAUGGGAGAAACCAAGUAAUUGAUAAUGAUGUUUGGGCUGUGCUAAGAAAUAUUAACAAGAUCCAGUUCAUCCCAUCGCCGCCGAUGUCCUUAAAUAGCAUUGAAUCUUUGAAGAAGAAUAAAAAAACCAAAAGAAGAUCAAACGAUCGAAAGGAUACAAGAUUUAUUGAAACUUGCCGUACUGAAGAAUUUGCGUAUAUAUCGUAUGACAGCAAUUCAAUAAAUAGUUGCUCUCGCUCAACUAGUUAUGAUCGUAUAACAGUGAUUGGAAGGCAAGAUGAAGUUAAAGAAACUUGUACUAAAAUACAAGACGAAAACUAUGAUGACACACACCAUGGCAAUUGCUCGGAUAAAAAUAUUUCAAAUAACAGAACUGAGGAGAAUAUUAAAACUGCCAGAUCUGAGGAAAAUAAAUCUGCGGCAUUGGCGACUAUUUCUAUAAAUACAGAUUCAUAUGGCGAUACAAAUAUAAAAUCUAAUUUCUUGAAAACUAUAUCAUUAAAAACUGUGCCUGAAAAAUCAAGUAUGACCUCGAUGAAAGGACGUCAAGAUCAAUUGAAUGGAAUAACUAGGGUAGUUGUUAGUAAAGGCAAAGAUAUAGACAAAGGGAAACAGCAAACAGUAAUAAGAAAACCAAGGCUGGUCACCACUAUGCCAAGUUCUUUGGGUAUACCUAAAUUAUCACAAGCAGAUAUAAAAAGGCGUCUUGCAAAUAUUAAGUUUCCAUUAGUCGUUACUGGCAAAGAUCAACUGAGCUCCUAUAUAAAAGUUCCAUAUAGUGAACCCUCUCAAUUUUCUGGACUGGACAACAAAAUUUGGCCAUUUAUGAUGAAUUGGCUUCCAAAAACAAAUAUCCACGAUGAAAUCAAUGUAAAUAAACGCUCAACAACUAAUGGAAAUACGUUAAAAAGGAAUUUAUGCAACUCCCCCGUGACUGUACGAGAUGUUUCCGAUGAUCGACUUCCUAUAAUGAUUACUUACAAAGGUGACCGGAAUUAUAUGAACCUGAAGAAUAACGUAAAAGAAAUUCCCAUUAAGUCUAGAUUAGUGAAAGAUAGUGCUUCUUUACUUGAUGCGAAUACGCCAAAUAAAGUAAGACCAAUACAACAAUUUAAAGACAAGAUGCUCAAUCUUAUUUACAAUAAAUCAUUUUGCCAAGAUACUGCACGAUGUCCUAAAGACGACUUUAUUAAUGAUACAAAGCUUAUCGAUUUAAACAAAAACACAAAAUAUUUAGAAAAUCAAAUAAACACUCAGAAAUUGAUUAAACAUAAACACAAAUCAAUUUCGAUUCCAAGUGAAAGCGGGGCAGUAAAUCGGUUAAAGUCAGGAUAUAAUAUGACGGCGAAAGCGAGGAAGGCUAGUGAUUUUAUAGAAAAUGUGAUAAGAAAGAUCAAGAACGGUUUUUAUUAUGAUGAGGAAUCCCACAAGGGUAGCAAAAAAGUGGAUGCUGAGAACAGGUACACGCAAACAGAUUGUGUUAGAUUUACUGAUGUUGAAGAAGAAAAAGCAAAAAGAGAAAAAACGGAUGUCAUUGAUGAGAUAUUUGAUACCAAAAUUAUUCCAGGAUUUGAAGAUACCUGGCAACAUUUAGAAUUAGAAUCAAUCACUAAGAACCAAAUUGCCAUUAAGCAUUGUAUGACUAAUGUUGUUGUUCAAUUUGAUAUCGCUUUCCCAUUCGAUAAUACCUGUACACUGCAACAAAAGCAUUCUUUAUCGUGUAUUCCAAUAACGGUUACUGACAGCCAUACUAAAAUAUACAAAUAUAAAACGUCAAUAAUGAAUGCCAUGCUACCUGCUGAAAUAUGUACAAUAUUACCCAAAAUGUUAACUAACAUUUUCGAUACUAAAGCAAAGAUGGAACUUCCUAAUGCUAUUGAAAAGAUUGAGUGUUCGCUGCCUACAAUCACAGAAGUACAGCGUCUUGGUAAUUGCGAGCCUUCCUUAAAUAUUUCUCCACCAUUCAAUUUGUUACCUACCUUACCUCAAGCGGUUGAUUUAAGAAAUGGGAAGUUUUCUAUUAUACGUAAGUGUGAAAAGAUCGUAGGCGAACAAGACUAUCCCAAUCGAUAUUGUUCCUUCUACAAUCUUUUACCAAAAAUUAACACAAGUCUAUGGUGGGGUACACAUAUUUACCUACCUCGAGUAGACCACAAAGUCAUUAAUAAAAUGAUAAUAAAAGCGGAAGUUAGUCUUAACUCAAAUAAAUGUAUGGCAUUAGUUCCCUACAUGCCGCCGAACUUUAAUUUUGGUGGUGAAACAAUAUUAAAAAAAUAUAAAAGUCAAUUGCCCAAUCUAGAAAGUCCUCGUAUUUAUUUAAAUAAAGGUAUGAUUGAUACUUUAACCUUGCAACAGUUUGAGAAUAAAAUGGUGAUUGAGCUACUGGACAAUUCUUUGAAGGAGCAUCGAGUUUUAUUUGUAGUUAAUAAAAAGAACACUGAUAUGAUACACAAUAUACAAAGAAAUUUAGAUUACACUAAGGCUUUAGUAUCAUAUGAUGAUACUUAUUCGACAUCUAAUGUCCAUAAGGUGAUACAUCAUUUAGAUGAGAUAAAGGAAAUUCCGCAAUUUUUGAAAUCCCACAAAGUCCAAAGUAAAGUGGUCUUCAAUAACGUAAAUAGAAAAAGAAGUUAUAUAAGGCUCAAUAAGAAAUGCAAAUCAACAUCAAGUAUAUCGAACUGUAAAAAAAGCACAUCCUUGCAAAAAAUUGCAAAUUUGGAUGAAUUCUUCCAAGCUCUGGGCUUAUCUAAAGAUAUGGGAGGUGUUAUUGAUGGAAAUGUUGAGAGAAAAGUGCUAUCUUCUAUUAUAGAGAUGAAAACUUGGACUUGCGAUAUUACACCCAGACAGGCGUUGUUAAUUUUGUUACUAGCUAAUAAAAAAGAAACGUCAAAUCUUAUCCGUUUCCGAACAGUUUUACUUCAAGGGAUUGCAAUGAAUAGAAUAACUAAAGCGUCUGAAUUGGAUAUGGAGAUAGAAGUCAUCGAGAAGGAAACUUUAAGUAAAUUGCCGCAGUGUGAAGGUAUUUCGUAUUUACCGGCUUCAAUUGAAAAUCAAGACAACUUGUUAGAGGAGCUAUGUUGGAUCGCGAAAACUACAGCUUCAGACUAUCAAAGACCUUUCGAUAAAUCCUCAGAGCGCUUGCUAAAAUCCUUACUUGGCAAACGAAAGAAAUUGAAUCCUUCAUAUCUACGUGUUAUGGCGAGAUAUGUUGGUCUUGGCCUACUGAAAGCAAAAUGACAUAAAACUAAAAAAUGUAGUUUAGAGUAAAAUUGUGUCGUCUGUGGU